CCUCGCUCUUUCUUUUAUCUCUUUCCCGUAUUCUGCUUUGAAAAAAACAAUGACUGUCAGUGUAAUACUAGAGCCCUCAUUCCAAACAUACUGCGAUGGCGAAAAAAAGAAUCGUGAAGCGUUGGUAAAUGCUCCUACGAUCCCAGAAGUGCGCGAGAAUGCCGAGAAAAUGCACGCCGCACAUCAGUUCGUUGAUAUCAUUGAACAAGAAAGAACUAUUGUUCAGAAUGGUCAUAAACUUCGACUAAGCCUGUUUCGGCCAAUUGGCACGGAGAACGAUAUUCUCCCGGGUGUAAUCUUCUACCAUGGAGGCGGCUGGGCUUUUUGCUCCAAGUUCACCCACGGAAAGGCAAUACGCGACAUCUCUAUCAAAAACAACGUCGCUGUUGUGUAUGUCGAUUAUACUCUUGCACCGGAAGCCAAAUUUCCCAUUAUCAAUGAAGAAUGCUACUCAACUCUGGAAUGGGUGCAUGAAAAUGGUGCUAGUAUCAAUAUUGAUACGAACAAACUCGCUGUGUGUGGCGACAGUGCUGGAGGUCAUUUGUCAACUGCUAUUGCAUUGAUGGCCAAGGAACGCGGGCUUGGUGAAGUGAUUAAAGCCCAGAUCUUGAUUUACCCAGCAACAGCACCAACAUCAGAAAUUCGUGAAUCCUAUGAGCUUUUUGGUAAUGGCGAUUAUGGCUUAUCGAAACAGGAAGCCCUGUUUUUUAAAAACCUGUAUUUUGAUGAAUUCGGCAAUGAUAACAAAUUUGCAUAUCCGUUGCUGGCAACACGCGAGGAACUUCAAGGCCUCCCUCCAACAUUACUGAUCACUUCAGAGGCAGAUAUUUUACGUGACGAAGGUGAAGCUUACGCUCGCAAAUUGGUCGAGGCAAGAGUUCCUACGUGUGCCAUUCGUAUUGUGGGAGCAAUUCAUGCAUAUUUCAGUAUUCCUACUCCUAAAGAGACCCAGGCCUACAAGCAGACAAUGGCCCUAAUCACGCAACAGCUGAAUGACGUUUUCGCAAAGCAGUAAUAGCUAUAUUCAAUGACAUCUUGACUAAUUUGCUAUAACUAUAGUAAUAAGGCUGUCAAGAAUAUAUACUCAGCAUUUUGCAGUAGAAGAAUUCAAUAAAAUAUCUCUAACAAGCGGCUUGUUCUGAGACAAUUUAUGCAUCAGUACAGUGUUGUAAUUCUGUCGCACGAUAACAUUAAAUGCCUUACAAACACCAUUUCCCAGCGUCGUCGUCG